AUGUCUUCUCUGGUCUCCGACUUCAUCAUCAACCCGGUCCUCCGGCAAGCUCGCCGAUUUUCUGAGAUAUCGAGAACCACAUUCGUCUCCGAUCGCGAGGCUUCGUCCGACCUCGUCACUGUCACGACCGAGCCGCUGCCUCCUGCGAUCCGGUAUGCACCUGAUGCGCCACGCCCAUCCGCUACGACACGACCUUUCAGUUCUUCAACGCUACCAACGACUGUCGACGACGAGCCCCCUCAUUCCCCCGAAGCAACUGCGCCAGUCUCAUCCUUUCCUAUAUCCGUACCGAUGCCUCCUACAACGCAAGAGUCUCUACCUGCCGACGAUGGAAUGGGCGCGCUGCGCAGGCGUCUCAUCGGCAUUCAGUCCCAGGAGAUUGCGGCUGAAGACAAGGCCCGACUUAUGCACGAAGCCUUGAUGGAAGGGUACCGCAAGUCUCGAGACACUGCGCGCAAAGACGAUGUGCCAGCCAGCGUGAUAUCUGCAGGCGAAGCGUGGGAGCAGCCGCUUCCGGCACCCCUCGAAUCCUUGAAAUUCUGGCAGCAAUCUCCUGGAGAUCCGUCCUCGCCGCAAAAAUUCAUCUUGACCGCAGACGACGUUCGCCCGACCUUUGCCCCCCCUAAGCUCUUGACAAGAGAAGAGCCCGAGAGCGCGUUGGUCCUCGGCUGUCAGCACUACCGGCGCAAUGUCAAGCUCCAAUGCUCGACUUGUCACAAGUGGUACACUUGCCGCUUCUGUCAUGACGCCGUUGAGGACCACACCCUCGUCAGGAAAGCAACGAAAAACAUGUUAUGUAUGCUCUGCAUCCAUCCACAGCGAGCAUCCGAGGCCUGUAUAAAAUGCGGAGGGACAUCGGCUCGCUACUACUGCAAUGUCUGCAAGCUCUGGGACGACCAUCCGACUAACAACAUCUACCACUGCAACGACUGCGGCAUCUGCAGGCGUGGAAGAGGCAUCGGCAAAGACUUCUUCCACUGCAAGAAAUGUUGUGCAUGCAUCUCCGUAUCUAUACAGCAAUCUCACAAGUGCAUCGAGCGCUCAACGGACUGCGAUUGCCCAAUUUGCGGGGAGUACAUGUUCACUUCUCCCAAGCCCGUUGUGUUCAUGGGGUGUGGCCACAGCAUUCACCAGAAGUGCUACGACGAACACAUGCUGCGUUCAUAUAAAUGCCCCAUCUGCAACAAGAGCUUGCUCAACAUGCAAAGCCAGUUCCGUCAGUUGGAACUGGCCAUCCUGGCUCAACCGAUGCCUCCUGAAUUCCGGGACACCCGGGCCACGGUUCUGUGUAACGACUGCAGCGGGAAAAGUUCGGUCCCCUACCACUGGCUCGGUCUCAAAUGCGCCAUCUGCACUUCGUACAAUACAGUCGAGCUUCAGAUCAGCAGCGGAAGAGACGGGACGCCCGCUACGCCGACGGUCGUCGCGCCAGCACAACCCGGCCCGGCAGCCGUCGAGGCUGCUACGCCGGCCAGGAUGGAAGUGCCACAGGUCGGUCGGCGAAGACACUCGUCCCAUGCCGGCCCAGAGGCGCGUCAUUUGAUGGUGGAUCGGCUCGCCAGAUCAGCUUCACCAGCGCCUCCUGUCUUACCACCCAACUUGGCGAGCGGGGUGAUCGAGGAAGAAGAUGAGGAGUCGGAAAAUGACAUUCUCAAUCUCUGGGGUCGGGGCCGUCAUAACUCUGACGACAGCGGUUCAAUGUCGACAGAUACGGAUGAGGAAGACUCCGAGGGCGAGGAUGAUGACGAUGACUAUGAGAACGAGAUCAUGCUCAUCGGACAUCGAUAA